AUUUUACAUGCAAAUUCAUGCCGAAUUCAUAGUACUUAAUAUCAUCUAAUCUCAACUAAUUUUUUUACCUAACCUCAUAAUUUCAACUUUCUUUUUUUUCACUAUCCCUUCCCUGCACUUUCUCUCUCUUCCUAUAAAAUCAUUGCCUUAGUUAGUGAGCCUGUCAGUCUUCAAGACUUCAACUUUCUCUUUCCGCAGCAUCUUCCAGGUUCAGCCAUGGCCGUAAUGCUGAGAUCUCUCCUCACUUUCACACUCUUUGCUCUCCUUUUCUCAUGUAUUCAAGUUUCGGCUACUAUGCUUACUUUAUACAACAAAUGCGCCCACCCUGUGUGGCCGGGUAUCCUGCCAAAUGCCGGCCAGCCCCUUCUAGCUCGUGGAGGUUUCAAACUCCCACCCAACAAGACCUACACCCUCCGCCUCCCGCGGCUUUGGUCAGGCCGCUUCUGGGGUCGCCACGGCUGCUCCUUCGACGCCACUGGCCGUGGACACUGCGCCACUGGAGACUGCGGCGGUUCCCUCUUCUGCAACGGCAUUGGCGGCACCCCACCUGCCACUCUUGCUGAAAUCACCCUGGGAAAAGACCAAGACUUCUACGACGUCAGUUUGGUCGACGGCUACAACCUGGCCAUCUCUAUCACCCCGUCGCGGCGGGGAUCCGGGAAAUGCAGCUACGCCGGGUGCGUGAACGACCUGAACUUGAAGUGCCCGGUGGGGCUGCAAGUACGGUCAAAGGAUAAUAGAAGAGUGGUGGCGUGUAAAAGCGCGUGCUCUGCGUUUAACUCGCCGAGGUAUUGCUGCACAGGGAACUUCGGAAAUCCGCAAAGCUGUAAACCGACGGCGUACUCGAGGAUUUUCAAGGCGGCUUGUCCCAAGGCUUAUAGUUAUGCGUUUGAUGAUCCGACUAGCAUUGCGACGUGCAGCGGAGGGAAUUAUUUGGUGACAUUCUGCCCACAUCAUCGCUAGAUUUUUAAGCAUUAUGGGAUAAAAUAUACUAAUUUAAGAAUGAAUGAUCAUGUGCUGUUGUAGUAUGAUUGGAAGUAAUUUUAUUAUAAACAUAUUUUAUCUAAA